GAAAUUAUUUUAUGCUAAUAGAAUAGGGAAAAAAAACAUUGCACUGAAUAAUUAUUUAGUGGUCAGUAAUUUCUAUUUCUCCAAUAAAAACAAAAUUUGAAAACAUUGCUAAAAUAUAUAAUUUUGACUUGAUGAAAUACUUUUAAAACACAUAUAUAUCAGAGGAGAAAAGAAACAUGCCAAAGUAAAACUUAAUAUAAGUAAAUCAGCAGCCUUCUGUUUGGCGUAGAUCUUUAAUUAAAAUCUAUUCCAAGGACAAGGUUGCUGUUUUAAAUUUUUAAAUAGCUAAUAAAAAAAAACCUUCUAAAUAUUUAUUUUUCUGCUCUCUUUUUCAAUUAAGGUCUUUUAGUUCUUGCAAUAUUUAAAUAUAUAAAAUAUCUAUUUACCUCUUUAAAUAUAAUCUAUCUUAAUAUGCUUUUUUUUCUGGUAUUUUUUUUUUUUUUUUUUUUUUUUUUUUUUUUUUUUUUUUCAAAUAGCAUAUCUGCCUGAAGCCCUAUCAUAUGAAGUUAAUUUUCCAUUAUAUUUAGAGGAAGUAUCUUUGGAAGCAAAACUUUUGGAAUAUUUAGGAUAUGAUAUACCUGUGUUCAUAAAAAAUAUUCUUUUACAAGAGAAAAUUUACUAUGAUUUUAGAAAUGAAUUAAAACUUAUGCUACAAAAUUUAGAAACUGCUGUGUCUAGCUUGAAAGAAGAGGAGAUACACAUUCUGACUAUUCCCAAUGAGAAUCUAUGUUCUGUUCUUGAUUUGGGAGUAAACAAUAUUCAGUGGGAUUCCUAUGAAGUUCCAGAGUUUUUAAAGAAAAUGAAGCAGGCAACAGAUGUGUACAGAGGUGUUGUUACAGAAAUUAAAAAUGUAAUUUUGGAAAUCGAUAAACAAAUCAAAUUAUUAUCAGAUAUUGAUUUAUUCCUUUUUCCUAACAUUGAUGCCACAAAAAUACCAACUUGUGAGGUAUAUUUUGGAAAUGUUGAAAGUAAAAUGGAACGAAAAGUUACAAGAAUAGUAAAUAUCCAUUCAUUUUUAGAAACACUAUUAAAAAGUUUAGAAAAAAUAACGUCUAAAACAACGACUAGAGAAGCUAAACACAUGCGAAAGUAUUACCUCCACUGUGAAGAAAAAAUUCUGAUUUCUCUAAUACAAAUGAUGCUUUCAAACUUGGAAUAUUUAAAGGAUGAAGUAUUACAGCACUUUGUUUUCCCAUAUGUGAGAGCUGCUUUCAAUUCUGGAGAUGAAUUUGUGAUAGCCUCUCUAACACGGAUCAAACUGGUCUUUGUUUGUUUCAUCAAAAAUGUUGUUGAAAGCACAAGGAGAAUUAUCAGAUGGCUGGAUGGCACAUGCAUAAAGUCCCAACCAUUUCAUUUAAAAGAUGGAAAACAAAAAAUGGAAUUUUCAUUUUAUUUAGAUAUAUCAUUGCAUCCUAAAAUAAAGGAUCUAGUUUUAAAAAUAUUAUUUGAUUUUUUUGCUUAUGUAGAUGAAUUAAAUGCCACAAAAGAAAAGUUAAACAAUACUGAAAAUUCUUCUUUAAUAAUAAAAUAGAUAUAACAACAGUUUAG